AUGAACAAAGGCAGGUGCUACGAUAUCGCUCUCUGGCAAGUCCACGAUACUGAGAAUGACUGCGAUUUGAUCAUCCGAUCUAAUUCUGGCCAUGUAUUCUACUGUCAUAUCUGUCCCCACCAAUUCGCUCAAUCUCUUGGCGUCACAGUACAGUACUUUAAAUGUCUACAACUCUUGAGAUCCGGAGAAGUCCAAAUUAACGAUUUCUACGAGGAGGAUGCUUUUGAGUGGCUUUUAGGUUGCUUUGAGCCUUUGAUUACCAACCUGGCAUCAUCGACAGACCUUGAUAUCGUUGCAGAGCCGACGUUAGCUGAUUACUUCUUUCCCAAAAAAGGCUUUGUCUGUAGCUUAAUAGCCUUGGAUGGCAAGCUGAUGCCCCAAGAACUGGAGACAAAGAAUCACGGGUGGAGUAGCCCGAUCGUCAGAUUCGAUGCCAAUUUCCUGCGGGAUCUCAAUACUUGGACGGAAUGCUACAGACCAUCACAAGUUGAGAUUUGCUACGCUGGACCAGACGAGAGUUUGAUCAAGCCACCCAAGUGCACCACUGUCACUGGUAAAGAUGGGGAGACUAUCACCUGCUUCUUCAAGAAGUUUGGACUCUCCUUUGGUUCACGACACGCGAGACAAGAACUUAGCACAUUGAAGAAUAUCGUCGAAGCCCAAAUACCCCAACCUCCCGAAGCAUACAUCUGUCGUCUCAUAGGCGUGGUUCGGCAAGGCGAUGGAUUGCUUGGAUUCCUAACAAGGGUGUAUUGUCUAAGGCCAGAGCUGCAGCGAGUCCUCUGGAGUUGA